GAAAUGCACUAUAACAGCAGAAAGACGUUAGCUCCCAGCAGUUACGGCGGCUCCUCCUGCCAUUUCACUGCAAGAGAGGCCUCACCAUGGCGUUCUGGGCUACGCUUCUCCUGGCUCUCACUUUGAUCGUCGGUUCACGUGCACAGUUUGCUAUCCAACUGGGAUGGGAAGACGUCAAUGUAACAGCGAAUCUUGGACGGGCUCCCGUCCCGAUAACCCUGACCAAUUACAACAAUAUGCAAUACUACGGAGUCCUGACUCUCGGUACCCCGCCCCAAGCUUUCAAGCUACUCAUGGACACGGGCUCCAGUAACUUUUGGGUGCCGUCGGUGAAUUGUGAUCAGAGCAUGGCCUGCCGCAACCACGCAAAGUACGACAGCAGCCAGUCCAGCACCUACAACAAAAACGGACGGUACAUCCGGAUCCGCUACAGUGGCGGCGUGGUACGGGGCGUCACGAGCAUCGACAACGUGGGCGUCGGUCCGGCCACUGUGACGCAGUACAAGUUCGCCGAGAUGGAUCACUCAGACGGCAAGCUGUUCAUGAACGCAAAGUAUGACGGCAUCUUCGGACUUGCCUUCCCGGCCAUCUCGCAGAACAACCAGCUACCACUGUUCGACGCUAUGGUGAAGCAGGGCGUUGUCCAGCAGGCCGUGUUCUCGCUCUACUUGAGCAAGCAGCCCAGCGAGCAAAACGGCGGGGAGAUCUACUUCGGAGGCAUCAACGCGCAACGCCACACGGGUGACAUCCAUUAUGUGGCCGUCAACCAGCCCGCUCACUGGCAGGUCACCAUGGACAACAUGGACGUUCAAGGCACGACGCUCUGCGCCGGCGGCUGCAAUGCUGUGGUCGAUUCCGGAACGUCGUUCCUCAGUGGACCCAAAGCGGAAGUGGAAAUCCUUCACAGGGUUAUUGGCGCUACGCGCACACCUGCUGGAUACUUCGAGGUCGAUUGCAACGGGAUAGCCAGCUUGCCACCAAUCACUUUCAACCUGAACGGCAAGUCCUUCCCGCUUCCAGGAGAAAGAUAUACCAUUAGGAUCCCGAUCGAAACCGGCGGUGUUCAGUGCUUCACGCGCAUCUCCGAGUCGGAUGCGUCGGGAGCACGCCUCUGGAUCUUAGGCGCCACAUUCAUGCAGGAAUACUACACAGUGUUCGACAGGAACCAGAACCGCGUCGGAUUCGCCACUGCGGUCUAGAAGUGCGUGGUUGCCGCCAGCGUGCGACACUCGGCCCUCCGAAAUGACGGCUCUUCACUGAACUGAAUAAAGCAUGCCUACUGUUUC